AUGAGCACUCAAUCCGGUCGCUCGGGCAGCAUCCGGUCGGGUCGGUCUGGAUCGCGCGCCCGCGCGUCAACGUCGCACCGCAAGUUGUCGACGUUCAACUCAUACCGACCGCCGCAGGAGCAGCAGCGACGAGAUGGCUUGGCGAUCCGAGGCAGUCGCGGGAAGGAGAGCAUGCUGUUCACGGACCAGCAGAUGGCCGACGACCUGUUGGCCACCGUCCCCAAGCUGCACGCGGCCAUCGUGAUGGAUGCGCGAGGCAGCCCGCUGUGGCGCCGCAAGAGCUGCAAGGGAGGCAUCGCAGCGUACGAAUUGAUGCCGAGCUCCAACAGAUCGGACGACAUGGAUCUGGCCUACGCGUCGCUGGCCAAGACGGAGAUCAAGUGCCACUUGAACGAAGUCCUCAACGUGUUAAUCAACCGUGAGUCCAGCGACUACCAGAGCACCAUGGCUGCGCUCUGCGGCAAAAAGUUUUGUGACGCCCGCACCGUAUUCCAGCAGCGUUGCCACUUCUCAGAGGAAUCGCGUCAAACUUUAUCCGACAACAGCUCACCUCCGGAAGGAGCCGAGGGCCAGAAGGUAUUGAUCACCGUGAACAUGGCGACGCUGCAGCCGAUGCUGCACAUGAAGUUCCAGUCGAAGAAGCACCGGCUGCCGCAGAAGCUCUGCUUUGCGUCGUUCACCCACCAAUACGCAAGCAAGGACCGCGCGGUGCACGUGAUGAAGACUCUUCCGAAGCAUGUACAUGACGAACUGGUGCCUCGCUCCGAGCGUACGGCGCUGCGCCACCAGCUCGACCAUCUUGCUGUGGGGUUUGAUAUCCAAUCCACACCAGCACCUGGCGGUAGCAGCAGCCAAUCGACCACCAUAAUAGCACACGGGUACGCUGCGGUGACACCGCCCGAGGCGUUCGGCGCCUACAGCCCGGGCCCACUAUCGCGAAUCGCAGCUCCGAACAAGUCUCAAGUAACGCGACGUCGGGCUGCAAUGAUGAACCCUGAAGCGAAGCACGUCCUGGACCUGCUCACUCAAUCGCUACGCGAGUUUGAGCGUGUGAUUCGAAGACGUCGCUUUGACUUCCAGUCGUUUGUGUACUUCCACACGGCGUCCGUGGGUGAUCCGGAGCUGAAGUCGUGCUCCAUUUGCCAGAAGCGGUUCUCAUUGAUCCGCCGCGACUUCUUCUGUCAGCUCUGCGGUCACAUGGUCUGCAGAGACUGCUCCCAACUGUACGAGGUUGAAGCCCACAUCGGCGAGGUGCGUAAGAACCGCAUCUGCGUCGAGUGCGUCGUGCGCGUCGACGCCUGCAAGUUCGAGGACGAGAACCUCAUUGCAGCGUUGGGACCCACGGUCGUAAGCGACGAUCGCUGGUUCUCGGACAGUGAUACCGAGGUGACGACUCCUAUCCUUCGUGAGUACUCUUCGCCCAACGACCUGCUUCACGACCAAUUGUCUUCCGAAGACCCAACCACGAGAUCUCACGCUCUUGAACAGCUCGGCCGAUUGGACCUCGCCGAGAAGGUGCGCAGGGAUAUCGAGCACCACCUGAAGCGGAGCUUGCGUGUGGCUGAAAAGUGCACGAGGCCCGAGGACUGUGAGGUGGCCGAUUUGGAGCGCGACUACGCGUUCGAGUUCGACGGCGACCGAACUCGCGACCCGAACCACCCGCUGCCGCCAAUGCCUGAGCAAGACAUGGAGUGCAAGCGGCUGCAGUACAUCAACAACUCUGGUGUCCUGGACCCGACGUACGAUCGUGCAGCUCUCAACCUUUUGGCUCAAGUGGCAGCCAGGCAGCUCAACUGCCCCGUCGGAUAUGUGUCAAUGGUGGGCGAGGAUACUUUUCACGCGGUGGGCACCUUCCCUCAGCGUCCUCCGGAGAUGAACGUCGCGCCUCGGGAUGAGAAUAUGUGCGCGCACACGGUGUACGCUGAUAAGCCGCUGGUGGUGAAAAACCCGCAGCGUGACAUGCGCUUCGCUCAGAUGACAAUCAUCAAGGACGCCGGUGUGAAGUUUUACGCCGGGUUCCCCAUUCGAGCGCCCGACGGAGCCAUCGUGGCGUCGUUGUGCACAUCCGACUUCAAGCCGCACGAUAACUUUUCAACGAAAGAGUACGCGACUAUGGAAACCCUAGCCAAACUCGCAGCCCAGCUCGUCGCCCCUCGCCAACUCCCUGCCGCAGCGUAUUAA